AUGAGAAGUCGCAGGACCACGCCCGCCUCGUUCACAAACUGCUCUCUCAGUACGUAGAGGGAAACACUGACUGGGUGGAGAAGUAUCCAACAAGCAGACAUGUUCCAACGCUGCUGCACGAUGUUAGCCUGGUGGUGAGUCGCUGUCGGCUGCUGGGGGAGGAGCUGCGUCUGCUGAACAUGUGGGGGAGUCUGAAGCUCGAUAUUCUCAGCAUCAGCUGUGUGGACACUCAAGUGGACAUUGUCUUCAGCUGUCUCAAGUCAUUUUCCAAGUUCGAGGUGAUCUUCUCGGUCAGUUUGAUCGCCCGCCACUGUGUCCUUAAAGUGCAGAGCUUCAAGAACAUGAUCGGAAACACAACGAUCGAACAGAUCGAGGUGAUUGUGGCGUCUUUCAGUCCGGCCAAGAACGUCCUGACAAAGAUUGUCAAGAAGAUUCAUGAAACUCUGCUCUGUUGAAACCAGGAAGUUUGAUUCCAUUCGUUAAACUCCUUUGUAUGGCAUAGAUGUUGACAAACUAUAGGAAAAAAUGUAAAUAAUGUACAUUCAUUUUCUUUUUAUUCUGAAAUAUUUUUUACUGUAUUUUAUGUCCCAAUUAAAUACUUGGUGACAUACAUGUCAUGGUGUGCCAACGUACACGUUCAAUUUGUUAGAAUACAUUGUUUUAAUAAUAAUAAAGGUAUUCUGAUUCUGAUUUGGUUUCUU